UACUUUGAAAAGACCCCCCACCCCUCCAGAAAAAAAAAAAUCGAAAAUGUGCUCUUGACCGUCACGUUGGGUCAUUUCCGGUUUGGGCAGGGGACUCAAAAACACCCGGAGCCCCACCUACUGACGUCACACAGCUCCGGUCCAAUCAGAGGCGGUGUUGGGCCCAUGUGUGUAUUGUUUAAACUGCUCAAAUGCGACUGGCUUUUCCAGAGCAAUCAAAACUUUCACUAAGUGAGCGAUGGCGGCCGUCGUGUCUGUGAGCGCAAACGCCAAAGAAGAAAGCACAGACACAGCGCUCGGCUUCGUCUCCCGUCCGCUCCACGAAAACUACGACCUCGCUGCACCCGCCGACCGCGAAAAUUGGAGGCCGGGGGAGCGCCGCUGGCAUCCGGAGCUCGAAGCCGGCGAGGAGGUCCCGACCUCGGGACGCGAGGGUCAGCAGCGGAGGGCCGACGGAGACUUGACACCUCUGAGCCCCCAAGAGAUUCAGAGCCGCUUGGAGAGAACUCGACGGGAGUUUUACAACCGCAGGAAGAUUAUCAUAAAAAAUCUGCCGUCUGACGUCAGCAAUCAGGAGGUCCAUGAGUUGCUGGGCAACUAUGACUUGAAAUACUGCUUUGUAGACAAAUACAAGGGCACAGCCUUUGUGACACUGCUCAAUGGUGAGCAGGCGCAGAGUGCCAUCAAGGAGUUCCACCAGCACGCGCUUCGCGAUCGGGACAUCUCCGUGCAGCUGCAGCCCACCGACGCCCUGCUGUGCAUCGCCAACCUGCCGCGCUCCUUCACCCAGCAGCAGUUCGAAGAGCUGGUGCGUCCUUUCGGCAACCUGGAGCGCUGCUUCCUGGUGUACCGGGCGUCCAGCGGCCAUUCCAAAGGCUACGGCUUCGUGGAGUACAUGAAGAAGGACUCGGCGGCCCGGGCCAAGUCUGAGCUGCUCGGGAAGCAGCUGGGCUCGCGCAUGCUCUACGUGCACUGGACCGAGGUGGGCUCGCUCACAUACCUGCUGCUGCACUCAAAGUGUCUCUGUGUGGACCGUCUGCCUCAGAGUGUUUUGACCGCCCAAGACCUCCGCAACGCGCUGGCCGAUGCCCACCCUCCAGUCUUCUGUCAGUUGGCUCAGGGACAAGAUGGAAGUUUCCGUCGCUUUGCGGUGCUGGAGUUCGCCACAGCUGAAAUGGCCGAGGAGGCUCAGCAGCUGUCAGACGGCAGGUUGGUGGGCGGCACGCACAUCAGGACAGCCUUCUGCGCCCCUGGUCCGCCUGGCCGCAGCAUGCUUGCUGCUCUGAUUGCUGCCCAGACCAUGGCUGUGAACAGGGGCAAGGGUCUCCUGCCGGACCCCACCGCCAUGCAGAUCCUCUCGGGCCUCAACAACCCGGCCGCCCUGCAGAUGCUGCUCAACCCGCUGUCGCAGGGCCACAAACAAGGUCUCCUCGGGGCGGCCCCCGCCAUGCCGCUGCUCGCCAACCCGGCUCUCCCUGCCGUGCUGCUCCAGUUGCUGCUUCAGAAUCAGGCGAAAGCCCAGCAGCAAGCCUUUCUGGGAAGUCCUCUUCUUUGGGCUCAGGUGCUGCACAGUCAUGAAGGCCCUCUAGUGCCCUGUGCAGGACUCGUGGCAGAGAAUCCUCUGGCCCCUCUGCCAGUCCAGCAGGGAAUCCAUCUGCUCAGCGAGCUCCCCCAAGGUGGCGUAGUCUCAGGUCUCGACCCGCUGGCCCCAUUAAAGCCGGCGUCUCUGAGCAGAGCGAUGGCAAUGGAUCAGGAGUCUCCCAGCUUCCCGCAGACUCCCUCUCCCGCUUUGCAGGGUCUGUCUGUGCCGCUGCUGGGCGGACUGAUGGGGCCAGACGGCCUCGCGGCGCAGACGGUCUCCAUCCUCGGAGACCCAAACAAAGAUGUGACACCUCCACAGAGUUCCUUUCUCUCUGUCAACAAUGCAUUUCCUUCAGGAGCCAACUGCAGACCUCAUCCCUACAGGAAGAGACCCACUCUAAGUAAUGUGUCCAACCAGCACCCUAGCAUGCACCCCAGCUACAACCUGCGCUACCAGGACUCUUACAAUGCUGAGUAUCCUCCUCUCCACCAGGAUCAGCUGCAGCACUUGUACGAGGAGCAGGAGAAUCUCCACAUGGGGGACUUGACAAGCUUCGGACAGCAGCCCUCUCCGUCAGACUUGAGCCAGCGCCACUUCACUUACCCGCUCAGCACGCCCCCGUCCUCGUAUUUCAGCUCGGACGCCUCCGCUAAUGGCUGCCUGCCUUCCAGCCAGCUCAACAGGGCUGUGGGGAUGCCUCCUGUGAGCCACACCUCUGGCUACCCUCCAGGACUUGUCAACAUGAUGAAGACUCCCAUCGGGAGCCACAAGCGCGUCUUCUCCCGCCUCAUCCCACCUCCGGAGCCGAGCCCCGAGGGCGGCUACGUGGGCCAGCAUUCUCAGGGCCUGGGCGGGCAUUACGCAGACUCCUACCUGAAGCGCAAGCGCAUCUUCUAGAAGGGAAAAAGAAAACGACACAAAUUGGCGCCGCGGGAAGCCAGGAUGUGAUGGAAUCUCCUCCUACAGGGACCGGCAGUCCUUCCAAUUGUCUCCUAUCAGAAUUCUUGGUGUUUUUUUUUUCUUUCUCG